AUGGCCACCAUUUCGACACUGUUGAUAGAACUCCUCUACCUGGUGGUAGCAGCGGUGUCGGUGGACGCAAACACGCCCGUUGCGAGAAGACAGUCGCAGGGAGGCGUUUACCCGACACCUGGUCCUAAUUCUUGGCCAGCACCCAAAAACUUCACCACGCCGGUUGGUCACUUUCACAAUGAAUCUCGAUACGAACCUCAUAUCAAUGCAACCGUUGAACAGUUCUACUGGCUUGAUACCAGCAACUAUGUCCCUGGAGGCCCAGUCAUUAUCCAUGCCAUCGGCGAGGAUUCGCCUUUAUAUGACUUUCAAUGGCUUCAAAAGGGCCUUCUCCAUGAUAUCGCCAAUGCCACUGGAGGAGUUGCAGUCCUAUGGGGCCAAAGGUACUACAGUGGCGGCACCAUUGUUCCCAGUUUACAGUAUACUACCGAAAACCUUCGCUUUCAUAGUACCGAGCCGGCCAUGGCCGACCUCGCAUACUUUUCCCAAAGAGUAAACUUUCCGGGGCUCGAGGGUCGAAACUUUACAGCCCCUACAACCCCUUGGAUCAUACUGGGCGGGUCGUACGGUGGACUUAUAUCGGCCUUCACCCGUAUUCAAUAUCCUGGCCUCUUUUGGGGCGGGCUGUCAUCUUCUGGGGUUACCGUCCCCAUCGAUGAUAACUGA